AUGAGGCAUGUUAUCAAUCCAUAUGAAAACAUCAAUGACACAGCAAGGAACAACUCCGACUGCCCUCGUGUGCUUUUGCCAGAAGAGCUAUUUUUCACCAUCUCCAUCAUUGGAGUUGUGGAGAAUCUCAUCAUCCUGCUGGCCGUGAUGAGGAACAAGAAUCUCCAGGCUCCCGUGUACUUUUUCAUCUGUAGCCUGGCCAUUUCUGACAUGUUGGGUAGCCUGUACAAGAUCUUGGAAAAUAUCCUGAUCAUAUUUAGAAACAUGGGCUAUCUCAAGCCUCGUGGCAAUUUUGAAACCAUAGCCGAUGACAUCAUAGACUCCAUGUUCAUUCUCUCUCUUCUUGGCUCCAUCUUCAGCCUGUCUGUGAUUGCUGCUGACCGCUACAUCACCAUCUUCCAUGCCCUGCAGUACCACAGCAUCGUGACCAUGCGCCGCACUGUCAUUACCCUGUCGGUCAUCUGGACUUUCUGUAUAGGGAGUGGCAUCACCAUGGUGAUCUUCUCCCAUCACAUCCCCACAGUGCUCACCUUCACAUCACUGUUCCCUCUGAUGCUGGUCUUUAUCCUGUGCCUCUACGUUCAUAUGUUCUUACUGGCUCGCUCCCAUGCAAGGAAGAUCUCUACCCUUUCCAGGGCCAACAUGAAAGGGGCCAUCACACUCACCAUUCUUCUUGGGGUCUUCAUCUUCUGCUGGGCUCCUUUUGUCCUCCAUGUCCUCUUGAUGACCUUCUGCCCAAGUAACCCUUACUGUGCCUGUUACAUGUCUCUCUUCCAGGUGAACGGCAUGCUGAUCAUGUGUAAUGCGGUCAUUGACCCCUUUAUAUAUGCCUUUCGGAGCCCAGAGCUCAGAAAUGCAUUCACAAAGAUGAUCUUCUGCAGUAAGUACAGGUAG